UCAAAACAGAUACACCUUCCAUUUCACGUCAGUUCCAACACUCUCUCUCCUCUCUCUCUCUCUCUCACUAUAAAUAUAUCACAAAAUCACUUAUACAAUCUCAUUAAUUCUCAUCCUAAUACAUAGAGAGAAGUCACAAAUUCAGUACUUUUUCUCUUCUUGCUUUUGCUAGUGCUUCAAAAUGGGGGAUAACGGCUUCAACAUGCCCCCCGGUUUCCGGUUCUACCCGACCGACGAGGAGCUCGUGGUCCACUUCCUCCACCGCAAGGCCGCGCUGCUGCCCUGCCACCCCGAUGUCAUCCCCGACCUCGACCUCUACCCCUACGACCCCUGGGACUUGCACGGUAAAGCGAUGUGCGAGGGGAGCAAGUGGUACUUCUACAGUAGAAGGACGCAGAGCCGGGUGACCGGGAGCGGAUACUGGCAGCCAAUGGGAAUGGAGGAACCAAUUUAUUCAAAUGGGAAGAGAGUUGGAAUGAAGAAAUGCAGUGCAUUCUACUUAGGGCAGCAACCUUCUGAUGAAGGAGUCAAAACCAGUUGGAUAAUGCAGGAAUAUGGCCUCCCUGAUUCUAUCUCCUCUACUCGAUCAUCUUCGAGAAGAAGAAGUUCCAAAAUCGAUUACAGCAAAUGGGUAGUUUGUCGAGUGUAUGAGCGCAACUGUGAUAGUGAUGAUGAUGAUGGGACGCAGCUAUCGAGCUUGGAUGAAGUAUUCCUGUCGCUUGAUGAUCUUGAUGAAAUCUCUUUGAGAAAUUUUACUUAGCUCCCAAGAUUAUUUUAUAGCUACUAUUUUAAUUAUUCAUAUCUAGCUACUUUUUUUUUUAUCUUGGGGAACUUAUGUAAUGUGAUAUCAAUUUGAAAAUAUAGCAACUUUGAAGUUAAUUAAGAGCUAAUUAAUGACGUGGAAUUCGGUUU